CCCGACUCUCGCUCUCACAAGAGUCAGUCAACUCGGUCUCCCAAGCAUCUGCGCCACCUUUCCUUGUCUUCCGUCCUCUCAUUCAAUCUUAGUAUCCCAUUCAACCGCUUCUGAGGCUGAUGGGUCACCAUUGAAGACAAGACCAUUCCAUCAUGCCAUCUGCCCCGUCCUACCGUCCGCGAAAGAAGAGAAAACUCCUUGCGACCUCGCCCGGCUCAAAUAAUGCCCUCAUACUUGAUGCUGGGAACGGCAGAUUAGUCCCAGCAUUUUCCCUGGUUUCUUUUCUGUGGGCUGCUCGGGCUGGGGUCUCACAAUGGCUAGUACUGCCGCUUGUUCUCAUGGUGGUUGGCCUGUUCCGGUGGGCUGUCAGUCUGUGGGGGUACUCAGGCUUUCGGGCACCACCGAUGCAUGGCGAUUUCGAGGCACAGAGGCACUGGAUGGAGCUCACCUUACACCUUCCCAUGGCGAAGUGGUACAUGUACGAUCUGCAGUAUUGGGGUCUUGACUAUCCUCCCUUAACAGCAUACCACAGCAAGUUAUUGGGUAAAAUAGGCUCCUUCAUCAACCCCGCAUGGUUUGCGCUCGACGUAUCCCGUGGCUUUGAAAGUCCACAAUUGAAGGUAUAUAUGCGUGCUACGGUGCUUGUCUCCGAGUAUCUUAUCUACGUUCCUGCCAUUGUCACCUUCCUCCGUCGCUAUACAAGGAUGCGGGGUGUUCACACCUGGUCUGCAUCGAUUGCCCUGGUUGCCAUUCUCCUCCAGCCAGCAAUCAUCCUCAUCGACCAUGGUCAUUUUCAAUAUAACACGGUAAUGCUGGGACUCGUGGUUGCUAGCUUGGAUGCAAUCCUCGCCGGUCGGAUGCUCUGGGCCGCCAUUUUUUUCGUUGGUGCCCUAGGAUUUAAGCAGAUGGCACUUUAUUAUGCACCUAUCAUGUUUGCUUUUCUUCUAGGGGUCUGUAUCUUUCCUCGCAUCCGAAUUUUGCGCCUACUUUGCAUCUCGCUCAUUACGCUGGCUGCAUUUGCCGGUAUAUUUGGCCCUCUCAUUAUUGGAGCGAUUGGCAAUGAUGCUCGCCAGAUCUUCUUGUCAGCAUCCCCUCCUCCUCUGAUGCAGUUACCUCCGAUCAAACUUGACAAGAGUUCGUUCUUUUUUGCACCCACGUUUCAGCUUACCCAGAUUAUUCACCGCGUAUUUCCGUUCUCUCGUGGUAUCUUCGAAGACAAGGUCGCGAACGCGUGGUGUGCUAUUCACACCUUCUACAAGCUCAGUCGUUUCCCGGUACAUUUCCUCCAGAAAUUGUCUCUAGGAGCCACUCUGACUUCGAUUUUUAUUCCUUGUGCUGUCAUCUUCCGUCAUCCGCGUGCUUCUCUUCUUCUUCUAGCCCUGUCCACUGCGGCCUGGGGCUUCUUUUUAUUUUCUUUCCAGGUCCAUGAGAAGAGUGUGCUGCUGCCCCUCCUCCCAAUGACUCUCUUACUCGCUGAUGAUGGCGGUUUAAGCAAGGAGACCCGAGCGUGGGUCGGCUGGGCAAACAUACUUGGUGCAUGGACUCUAUUCCCUCUCUUGAAGCGGGAAGAUCUGCGGGUUCCGUACUUCACUAUUGUUUCACUUUGGGCAUAUCUGCUAGGCCUUCCUCCGACGACCCUGGAAACCUAUCGUAGCCGGACCCAAUCCAAGGAUUUCAACAGAGGCCCUGAACCUCACAUUCUCAGCAAGCUUCUACAUCUUGCUUUCUAUAUUGGUAUGGUCGUGUGGCAUGUUCUGGAAGCCUUUGUUCCUCCUCCUGCUGGGAAACCUGACCUUUGGGUCGUGCUCAAUGUCCUAGGAGGAGCUUCUGGAUUUGGAAUUGCAUACCUUUGGUGCCUGUGGAAAUUAAUUGUUCAAAGCCGGAAGGUUGAGCAGAAGAUGACUGUGAAGGAGCAGCAGAAGAAGAGGCAGUGAAUCUCUCAUGCAUUUUACACAUUGUCGAUAGAUUUGAUACCCUGUUUAAUCGUAGACUAAUUAUCCUGCAUGAGUUUGCUCGUUAAUCACCU